AUGGAAGAACGAAACCGAAUCUUUGCACUGCUCUUCUUCGUGAUUUCUACCUCAUUUUUGCAGCUUCUCACUGCUUCCGAUUAUGCGAUCUUCUAUGAGUCAUUUGACGAGCCUUUUGAUGGUCGUUGGAUUCUUUCCGAUAAGGAUGAAUACAACGGUGUUUGGAAGCAUGCAAAGAGUGAGGGACAUGAAGAUUACGGGCUUCUUGUCAGCGAGAAAGCAAGGAAAUAUGCGAUAGUAAAAGAACUUAAUGAUGCUGUGAGUCUUAAGGAUGAAUCAGUUGUUCUUCAGUUUGAGACCCGCCUUCAGAAUGGCCUUGAGUGUGGUGGCGCAUAUAUAAAAUAUCUUCGACCACAGGAGGCUGGUUGGAAACCCAAGGAAUUUGACAAUGAUUCUCCAUAUUCAAUUAUGUUUGGUCCUGACAAGUGUGGAGCCACAAACAAGGUGCAUUUCAUUUUCAAGCAUAAGAAUCCCAAGAGUGGGGAGUAUGUUGAACAUCAUCUCAAGUUUCCCCCAUCUAUUCCUUCUGACAAAUUAUCUCAUGUGUACACUGCUAUUUUAAAACCAGACAACGAGUUACAAAUUUUAAUUGAUGGAGAAGAGAAUAAAAAAGCAAAUUUCUUAUCUUCUGAUGAUUUUGAGCCUUCCCUUAUCCCUCCCAAGACAAUCCCUGAUCCUGAAGAUAAGAAACCUGUAGACUGGGACGAGAGAGAGAAAAUUCCAGACCCAAAUGCAGUAAAGCCAGAUGACUGGGAUGAAGAUGCACCCUUGGAAAUUGUUGAUGAAGAAGCUGAGAAACCUGAAGGAUGGUUGGAUGAUGAGCCUGAGGAAGUAGAUGACCCAGAAGCUACAAAACCAGAAGAUUGGGACGAUGAGGAAGAUGGUGAGUGGGAAGCCCCAAAGAUUGCCAACCCAACGUGUGAAGCAGCCCCUGGUUGUGGUGAGUGGAAGAGACCAAUGAAAAAGAAUCCAGCAUAUAAGGGAAAAUGGCAUGCCCCCCUUAUUGAAAAUCCAGCUUUUAAGGGUAUAUGGAAGCCUCAGGAUAUUCCAAACCCUGAUUACUUUGAGCUUAAAAAACCUGAUUUCGAGCCUAUUGCUGCUAUUGGUAUUGAGAUUUGGACAAUGCAAGAUGGUAUAUUGUUUGACAAUAUUUUGAUAGCUAAAGAUGAUAAGAUUGCAGCAUCAUACCGAGAGACUACAUGGAAGCCCAAGUUUUUGGUUGAGAAAGAGAAACAGAAGGAAGAAGAUUCUACCACUGAAUCAAGUGGUCUUGCAAGUAUCCAAAAGAAGGUAUUUGACCUGUUAUACAAGAUUGCAGACAUUCCAUUCCUUAAAGCCUACAAGCUUAAAAUACACGAACUCAUUGAAAAGGGUGAAUCUCAACCGAAUCUCACUGUUGGAAUUCUUGUAGCCGUUGUGGUUAUUGUCUUGUCAAUUUUCCUCAGGGUCGUAUUUGGUGGGAAGAAAACGCCAGCAAGAGUGGUUGAGACAGACACACCAGCCACAGAAGCUUCCACUAGCCAAGGUGAUGGAGAGAAUGAAGAAAACAAAGAGGAGGAAACAUCGAAGGCUCCACGCCGAAGGGUAAAGAGAGACAAUUAA